GAUGAGGAAGAUUUCUGAGGAGCAGACAGACCAGCGUGGACCUGCAGAGCAGCAGAUUGCAGUCAUGAGUGAGGUCAGCAAGAACUCUCUGGAGAAAAUCCUCACACAGCUGAAAUGCCAUUUCACCUGGGACUUAUUUAAGGGAGAUGUCUUGCCUGAUCUAGAAGAUAGAGUGUGUAACCAGACUGAGUUUUUAAACACUGAGUUCAAAACUACGAUGUACAAUUUCUUGGCCUAUAUAAAACACCUACGCGGUCAAAACGAGGCAGCUCUGAAAUGCCUACAGAAAGCCGAAGAGUUAAUCCAGCAAGAGCACGCUGACCAAGCAGAAAUCCGAAGUGUGGUCACCUGGGGAAACUACGCCUGGGUCUACUAUCACAUGGGCAGGCUCUCAGAAGCUCAGGCUUAUACAGACAAAGUCAAACAGGUGUGCGAGAAGUAUUCCAAUCCUUACAGUAUUGAGUGUCCUGAGCUUGACUGUGAAGAAGGGUGGACCCUGCUAAGUUGUGGAAGACAGCGAACUGAAAGGGCGAAGGUAUGUUUUGAGAAGGCUCUGGAAAAGAAACCCAACAACCCAGAAUUCGCCUCUGGGCUGGCAAUCGCAAUGUACCGUCUGGAGGAGAAACCACCAAAUCAGUUCACUGUCAGUGUUCUGAAGCAGGCUAUUGAGCUCAGUCCUGACAAUCAGUAUGUCAAAGUUCUCCUGGCCCAGAAAUUGCAAGCGAUAAAUAAAGAAGCCGAAGGGGAGCUUUUGGUGGUAGAGGCCCUGGAGAAAGCCCCUUGCCAAACAGAUGUCCUUCUCAGUGCAGCCAAAUUUUACCAAAAAAAAGGUGAUCUAGACAAAGCUAUUGAACUCUUUCAAAAGGCAUUGGAAUCCUUGCCAAACAAUGCCUACAUCUAUCACCAGAUUGCAUGCUGCUAUAUGGCAAAAGUGAAACAAAUUCAGAAUGCAGAGGACUCGGAAGCUAAUAGGAAUAAAGAGAAGAUUGAAGAACUAAGGAAACUUGCUAGGGAUUAUUCAAAUAAAGCUAUUGAAAAGGGACUAAAUCCUUUAUAUGCAUUUUCUGAUCUCACUGAGCUGGCAGCAGAAGAAUGUUAUAACUCAUCUUUCCCCGAGGCUGAGAGGAAACAACUCCAGGGCCCUUCCAACUUUCAGGAGUAUCAGGGGAAGCCUGAAGACACUCCCAUCCUACAUCAUUUAAAUGCUUUGACCAUAAGCACAAAAUCGACUGAGAAGGAGAAGGUGGCAUACCAACCACAGAACGGAGCCAGAAAUCAGCUUCCACAAAAUACACCCAAUUUUUGGUAUCUCCAAGGAUUAACUCACAAGAUGAAUGGAGAUCUGCAGCAAGCAGCUGAAUGCUUUGAGAAGGAACUGGGCCACCUUUUGAAGGACAGCCCUUCAGGCAUAAGCAGGAUUUUCCUGCCAGCAUCGGAGUUUGAAGAAGGCAGUGCAGAAGUGGGCCAGAGCACAGACAGCUCCCCUCUCUGUGAGCUCCCCAACUCCGGAGCUGAAACAGAGAGGAGGGAAAGGAAAGGAGAGUAGGGAGCCUGCAACCGCCAUGAGGGGAAGAAGGAUAGGAAGGAUGAGCUUGCUGAGUGAGGUGGUUUUGUUUAUAUGAGGCUUUAAGGUACAUCGUUAAUUAGUUCUUUUCUCAUGCUUGUCUCGCCAGUUCCAUGCCAGCCGCACACAGUUUUCUAGUCUGCAGGUCUUAUAAGAAAUGACUACUAGAACCAGCACUUCAGACCUUCAAGGUGUGAUUAUUUACCAGUUGGCACUCAGUUCACCAGAAAUCUCCCGUUUCUGCCCUUCUUGUCAAGGGUCACAGCUGGUGACUGCCUACCAACAGAAUCUCACAUCCUUCAUCCCAUUACUAUUGAACCUCCUCGGCCUCCUAAAAGACUAGCUUUUGAUUAACCCUGCUGUAUUCUUUACAUGUUGCUCUUGACUUCAGCCAUGUAUG